UCCUCCUCCCUUCAAUCAUUUGUUUGCCUUUAAAACUCAUACUCCUCUCCUUUCUCUACUUGAUUAGCCAUUCUCAUUCUCCCCAGUGCUCCAAACUUUCCCCUCCACUAUCCUCUUCCUGUUCUUCCUUUCCAUCUAGAGCGAGACCAUGGUUUCUGCUGGAGCAUACGCCGAUGAUGAUAAUAGCUCGGUGGUAGAUUUUAAUGGAAAUCCUGUUGAUAAAUCCAAAACAGGAGGAUGGCUUGGGGCUGGCCUCAUUUUAGGAACCGAACUGACGGAGAGGAUAUGUGUGAUGGGGAUCUCGAUGAACUUGGUGACGUAUUUGGUCGGAGAUUUGCAUCUCUCCACCUCGAGAUCGGCAAACAUUGUCACCAACUUCAUGGGCACUCUUAACCUGCUAGCACUCCUCGGGGGCUUCCUGGCUGAUGCCAAGCUUGGUCGUUACCUGACCGUUUCUAUAUUCUCCACCAUCACCGCCAUGGGUGUCAGCUUAUUAACAAUCGCCACAGCUAUGAGCAGCAUGAGACCUCCAGCUUGCGACGACUUCCGAAGGGAGCACCACCAGUGCAUUGCAGCAAGCGGCGGACAGCUCGCAAUGCUGUUUGCAUCCCUCUACACGGUAGCUCUGGGUGCCGGCGGCAUAAAGGCCAACGUUGCAGGCUACGGCUCAGAUCAGUUCGAUAUUCGCGACCCGAAGGAGGAGAAGGCCAUGAUCUUCUUCUUCAACCGCUUCUACUUGUGCAUCAGCCUCGGCUCGCUCUUUUCUGUCACGGUCCUCGUGUACAUCCAAGACAAUGUUGGAAGAGGUUGGGGGUACGGCAUAUCGGCAGCCACCAUGGUGAUCGCGGUACUGGUUUUGCUCGCCGGCACGCCGCGCUACCGGUACAGAAGGCCGCAGGGGAGUCCGUUGACGGUGAUAUGGAGAGUGGCCUACUUGGCUUGGAAGAAGAGGAAGCUGCCCUAUCCUGCCCAACCCAGCCAGCUAAAUGACUACCACCAGGCCAAGGUUGCCCACACAGAGCAGUUCAGGUGCCUCGACAAAGCUGCAAUCUUAACUGACAAGCCCACCUCCAAUGAGGAAGGUAGCAAUGGUAGGAUUGGAGACGAUAACAUGAUGUCAACUGUUACCCAAGUAGAAGAGGUGAAAAUGAUCCUAAAGUUGCUUCCCAUUUGGUCCACCUGCAUCCUCUUCUGGACCGUGUAUUCCCAAAUGACCACCUUUUCUGUUGAGCAAGCUACGUACAUGAAUCGCCAUAUUGGUUCUUUCGUAUUCCCAUCGGGUUCUUUAUCAUUUUUCCUCUUCAUCACCAUCCUCCUUGUCACCUCACUUAACGAGAAGUUGCUUGUCCCCUUUGCACGGAAGUUUACUCAUAAUGUUCAAGGAAUUACAAGUCUCCAGAGGGUAGCUAUAGGCCUCAUAUUCUCCAUGCUCGCCAUGGUUGCCUCUGCAGUUGUUGAGAAGAAGAGAAGGGAUUUCUCAGUUCAUCAUGAUACCAGAAUAAGUGUCUUUUGGCUCGUUCCUCAAUUCUUCUUGGUGGGAGCUGGCGAGGCUUUUGCAUAUGUUGGACAGCUUGAAUUCUUCAUCAGAGAAGCUCCUGAAAGAAUGAAGUCCAUGAGCACUGGUCUCUUUCUCACCACUUUGUCAAUGGGCUUCUUCUUAAGUAGCUUGCUUGUUUCUUUGGUUAACAAGGCUACAAAUGGUGGGUGGAUCAAGAACGAUCUAGAUAAAGGGAGACUGGACUAUUUUUAUUGGAUGCUAGCAGUGUUAGGUGUAUUAAAUUUCAUUGUCUUUUUGGUAAUUGCUAGUCACCACGAGUACAAAGUGCAAAACUUCAGCUCGGAGAAUCAAGCUAAGGAGCUUGAUGAGUGGAGAGAUGAAAAUGUUGAUGAGAUCAUAAAAGGAAUUGACGUAUAGCAAAUGGUCAAAUAUAGGUGCAAAAGUCAUAUACGUAUUUUGUUUGAAGCCAAAACUGCUCAUGGAAUGUAUUUUCUUCGCUUUGUAUCUUUCUUAUUUACAUUUGUCAGGCAUAUCUCUAAGUUAUGGAGAUGGAUUUUAACAUAUUCUCCAUGCCUUUGUGAUGUAUUUAUUGAAUUAUAUAAUUUAAACAACUUUUA